GAUGUGCACCCUGGACAUUCGACGCUUCUUCGAGGAGUGGCGCAUCUGGAUACGCCCGCUGCUCAUCGUCACCUAUGUGAUCUUCGCCAUUAUCGUGGUGCCGCUGCUCAUUGUGAACUCGGUGAAGGAUGGCUUCCAGCGCAACGAUCAGCUCAUCCUCAUCGGCGGCCUAUUUGUGCUGUCCGCCGUGCCCGUUUCCAUUUGGCACAUCAUCCAACACGUCAUCCAUUUCACCAAGCCCAUUCUGCAGAAGCACAUUAUCCGCAUACUGUGGAUGGUGCCCAUCUACGCUUUGAACGCGUGGAUUGGCCUGUUCUUUCCGAAGCACUCCAUCUACGUGGACUCGCUGCGCGAGUGCUAUGAGGCCUACGUGAUCUACAACUUCAUGGUGUACCUGCUCAACUACUUGAAUCUCGGCAUGGAUCUGGAGGCCACCAUGGAGUACAAGCCGCAGGUGCCGCACUUCUUUCCGCUCUGCUGCAUGCGUCCCUGGGUGAUGGGCCGCGAGUUCAUCCACAACUGCAAGCACGGCAUCCUCCAGUACACGGUGGUGCGUCCCAUCACCACCUUCAUCUCUGUCAUCUGCGAACUGUGCGACGUCUACGGCGAAGGCAAGUUUGCCGGCAACGUGGCCUUUCCUUACAUCGUGGUCGUUAACAACAUCUCCCAGUUUGUGGCCAUGUACUGCCUGGUUCUCUUCUACCGUGCCAACAAGGAGGACCUCAAACCCAUGAAGCCCAUCCCCAAGUUUCUGUGCAUCAAGGCUGUGGUCUUCUUCUCGUUUUUCCAAGGAGUGCUGCUCAAUGUGCUGGUUUAUUAUAACAUAAUCAAGGACAUUUUCGGCUCGGAUGUGGGCGACACGAAUCUGGCCUCCCUGCUUCAGAACUUCCUCAUCUGCAUCGAGAUGUUCAUCGCGGCCGUGGCCCACAUCUACAGCUUCCCGCACCACCCGUUCCACAUAAACUCGCCGCAGUACUGGAACAACCCGGACCACAGCUGGUGCCGCGCCUUUCUCUCGAUGAUGGACAUCUCGGACAUGCAGGAGGACGUCACCGAGCAUCUGGGCGUGGUGGGCAGCUCGCUGAGCCGCCGCUUCCAGGGACGCAGCACCUACCAGCCGCUGGCCCGCAGUCCGCGUCGCUCCAGCAGUGAGUCCGAGUAUUUGAUCAGCAAGCGGCAGGAUCAGCAGCUGUCGGGGGGCAACAACUCGUCGCAAUCAGGUAACAUGUAUGGUGCUACAACAUCCAGUCGCCUCAUCGUGCCUGUCUACGAUGGCAAGCUGAACACACUGCCCGAAAACGAAAGCCAACCACCACAUCAUUCUCACUCCCAAUCUCGAUUUCCUUUAGCAGGCAUGACCGACGAUAGCAACCACUACCAACAACAACAACUACACUUGCCGGGCGCGACGGACUCUCAUCUGCAUCUUCGCGAGCGCGAAAGGGAUCCAAGUGCGGGUGCAAAUGCGGCUGCUGGCGUGGGUGGCAGAGCCGCCUCGGCGGCAGCGCCAAUACCCGAGUCCAACGACGACUAUGCUUUGCUGUUGGGAGCGGGCGCAGGCAGGUGACACCGCUACCAACAGCAGUACCACUACCAGCACAACCAUCAGCACCCGCACAUUGACGACGCCUUCGAGGAUGAGGACGGCGUGGACGUGAGCGCCUCGCUGUCCGUUUCGUUUGGCCUGUCGAGCAGCCUGAAGUUCAGUGCCACUGGCAGCAACCAGUCGGCCUCCGAAUGGUCGAACUCAACGGGCGGGGAUGAUGAUGACGCUGACGACGAUGACGUGGACGUGGACGGAGUAGAUCAGGCGGAUGGCGAGCAGCCCCUUGUCGCUGUAGUCGCCUCCACGACGCGGCGACGCCGCGAUCGAGAGUACAUCACCUAGACAGGCAGACCUUAAAACCCUUUUCAGUUAUGUAUAGACAUCGGAUUUUAGGUGAAAUCCUUGUUUUUAAAUAUGAUUUAAAGCCACAUUUGAUUGGUUAAAUUAAGUUUUGCCUAAAUCUAUUUAUAACUUAAU